AACGACUCCGCACACUCGAGGCUACGGGGGUGCCUGGAGCAGAACACGAUCAGAUUGUGGCCUGCUCGAGCAGCGCGUCCUGCAUGCGUCUGGACGCCUCCUCGAAGUGCGUUGGCAACGGCCACCACGACGGCUGCGGCGUCGGAGCUUCGGCGGCCAGCGUCUGAGCUUCGGCGGCUCUGGCUACGCUUCUCCGGCGGCGUCUGAGCGUCGGCGGCGGCGGCAUCUGAGCUUUGGCGGUGGCGGCGACCACGUCGGCGACAACCGGGUCCCGAGGUGCUGCGCUACGCUCGCUGAUGAGGAGCCCCUGGCCCGCACUCGAGGCGCUCGCGCUGACCGAGGCGGCGGCGCUCGCCGAGGUUCGCCUCGCCAGCCCUGUCGGCGAGGCGCCAGUAGACCUGCACGCCGUCGAGCCCUCGGCCCUCGAGGAGCACCUGGGUCGGCACAUUGACGAGCGCUUCUCCCUCGAGCGGGAGCGGGCCGAGCUCGGUGCGCUCGCAUCCCUCAACGGCGCCAUCCUGCCCUCCGAGGCGCUCUUCUUCCGCGGCCUCGUGGACCUCGUGGGCGCCAGCACCGUCGUCGAGUCCGGCGUGAACCAGGGCGGCUCCACGAGGGCGGCGUGCCUCUGGGCGCGCGCCGCCCCGGGCCGCCGAGUCAUCGCCCUGGAGCGCGUGCCGCCGUCGCCCCUCGUCGUGGGCGAGCUGCGGCGCGCCUGCGGCGGCGUGCUCGACUUUCGCAUCGGGGACGCCUUCUCCCUGCUCGACGGCAUCCUCCAGGGCGCCACCGCGCCGGGGCGGGCCGCGAGCGCCAGCGCCUGUGCCGUGGCGCUCUUCCUGGACGGCCCCAAGGGCAGAGUGGCCGUGAGGCUCGCGGAGGCGGCGCUGGACCGCUUCCCCGGCGUGUGCGUGGCUGCGGUGCACGACGUCCCGCGGCUCGACCCGAGGUACCGGGACGCAGACGGCCGGCACCUGACGCGGGUGGCCAUGGAGUCAUCUCGCUACGCGAGCGUGUUCAGCGACGCGGCCUGGUUCGUCCAGCGCUUCGCGCGCGGGCUGGACGCCGGCCCGUGGGCGCCGCCACGGAGUUCCGAGGAGGCCACGGGCAGCUACGGUUACGUGCUGGGGGCCUUCGUGCGCGGGUGGGGCCGCGCGGGGCCGCGCGGGAACGGCAGUGCGAGCGGCAGAGAAAGCGAGCACGCAGGCCGCAGGAAGCCGCACGUCGCAGCAGCGGCGGCCACCGCGCGCGCUCGCCAGAGAGGCCUCGGCCGCGGCAGGGCGGCCGCCGCCGCCGCCGCCGCCCGCGCCACAAUGCGCGGGCGGCCACCGCCCCGGCGCGCUGCCUGCGGGGCCGCCCGCACCUUGCUGCCGCUGCUGGGCGCGGGCCGCGCCGGCGCCGCGGCCGCGGCGGGCGCAGCCAGCGCGGGGGCCGCCAGCGCGGAGGCGACCUGGGCCACGGAGUGGACUUUCUUCGCAUCGCCGGCUCGGGCGGAUGUUUGGCGGCUGCGCCGCGCGCGCCCGCAACCCGCGCAGCGGGCCGCGGCGGCAGGCGCGAACCAGAGCGGCGGCGGGGCGGCGGCCGCUGCCGCCAGGGAGGUGUUGCGCCACCUGCGCCCUGGUGGCGGGAACGCCUCGGCAUCCGGCGCGGAGCCGGACGGCGCGCUGCUGCCCCUGGGAAGUUGCCGCUGGAUCGCGCACGUGAGCGCGGGGACGUACGUCAACGCUGCCCGGCUUGCGCAGCGUCUGCAGUGUCUGGAGGCCCUGCGGCCAGAGUAUUACGCGCUCGCCCCGGGCACCAAUGAGCAAAGGAUCACGCUGGCGGACGAGUCAGGCGGCUACAUCCUCGGCAGCGGCUUGCUGCGGCAACUCGGGCCCAGUUGGCCAGCGGAGUGCCGCGAGCGCCUGCCCCGCACGGGGCAUAACCUGGAACCGGGGCGGGACAGGUUGCCAGGCUUCUUCGUCGUCCUGUGCCUGUGGUCCAUGCGAGGCCUGAUGCUGCAGCGCCUCGGCGACCCGGAGGAGGCGCUCGUGCGGCACGUCUCCGACGUGGUGACCGCGGCGCCCGCCGUGCGCCUGCGGGCGCAGAUGCCGGCGGCACAUUGCACGCUGCUGGUGAGCUGCGAGUCUGCGCAGUCCCUGUCCCAGGUGCACCGCAUCAUGACGGACCCCGCGAACACCGCGAUGGUGGGCUGCAGCACCCCCAGCCUGCUCGAGCCCGACGCCCUGGCGCCGCCCUGGAGCCGGCGCGUGGCCAGGGAGUUGCUGCGGUGCCCGCUGCUGCGUGCGCUGCGCAGAGUCCAGCCGCUGGCCACAGGCUCCGCCGAGCUUAGGCUGCCGUGCACCACCACCUGCGUGGUCAUGAGCCCGGGUCCGAAACCGUGCGGGGCCGCGCGCGAGCCGCGCCGUGCCGCCGCGGGCACGUCCGCUCCCGGCUCGUGGCAUGGCGCCCGGGGCGUCGCAGCACCCCUGGCGGCCGCUUUGCUGCUCCCGUCGGCCGUGUUGUUGCUGGCCGGGUGCGGGGACGCGGGCACGACCGCAGUCGACACCAUGUAUCCGAACACCGAGCAGGGGCCUGACUACUGCAUGUCGUGCGCCGAAGCCCGGGGCUCCGAGAAGGAUGCGCAGUUCCUGAUCCAAGCUACCUUCGGCCCCACCCGCAGCAGCUUGCAAGAGCUGGGCCAGACGACGCCGCAGGCCUGGGUCAAGGAGCAGCUCGCGCUCCCCGCCGGAUCCCACCGCGAGUACUACCGCAAGCGGGUGAGCAGUCGGCUGACUGAGAGCCCGCUGGUCGGAUCGCCACGGUCGCGGUGUUCGGCGGGCUCCCGCUGGCAUUCGUUCGCCUUCAGCAUUGCGGACAAAGGGAAGCGCAUCAACGUCACGGGCAACAAGAUACAUGUCGACGGCGCACUUCGGAGCGACGUCGACCCUGCCUACACUGGGAACGGCAUACCCGCUCCUAACAACUGCACCGAUGAGCCGAGCAAUUGGAUGAGCAACAAUGGACGGACUUGCAGCUCUGUCAACUCUAGAUUCAACUGCGGCAGCGCGGACGCCGAUUCCGCGUGGAUCAGAGACAAGAUCUGCCAGCAGAGUUGUUUCGAUGUAGGCAACGGGUACUCUGGAGACGAUUGCUCUCCUGGGUGGGCCAACCAGGAAGACUCGGGCUUCAUCUGCACGGUCGAGGAGAACUUGGGCGGCGUCGUGACUCUCGGCACUACUGAGUCGUGCGAGGCGUAUCGUGCCUACAAAAACCCCGCCAUCUGGUUCUCCAGCUCGGCCGUCGAAUCCAUCGAGUCGCUGAGCUUCCAGGAGGUCAGGCCAGGGGUGGUCGUGCUCGCGGAGAGCUACGGCCAGGAUCCUUGCGACUUGGGCCGCUUCGUUUACCACGACGGCCAGUACUACCUCUCCGACCCCAGGCUGGAGCUGCUGCAGAACGACCUCGCCUCCCCCUCGGGCGGCGGGCUCAACACGAGGUGCCGCGCGGUGACCAGGACGUUCCUGAACGAGGGCAGCUGCCAGCUCCGCACCGCCUGCGGCGCCGUGGAGGUGGAGGGAUCGCGGCCCCCAGCGAGUUUCGCCCUGAACGCCACGACCUUCCAGUUCUUCCUCGGCUCUGCCGAGAGGUACGUCUACGCCGUCACGGGCCUCACCGACGCCGAAACGCCCUGCGGCAGGCGCUCGCGGUGGAGGCUGCUGGACUGCGGCUCGGAGGACUGCACCGCCACGGCCCUGAGUGCCACCGAGGCCGACGCCACGGCCGCGGCCCUCGCCCUCGAGGAGGGCCACCUCCGCGACGUGUACGUGCACUGCGAGUCGGCCGGCGCCGUGCCAGCCGGGGCUGUGGUCGUCAGCGGUUCGGGCUAUUUCUUGCACGUGCACUCGAACGAGUACAACGUGUACGACUUCACCGAUUGGGUCAACGCGCACCCUGGCGGCACGGAACAGAUCAUGCGUUGGGCCUCGGGCGAUUUCCAGCUCGAGUUCCCGGCCAGCCACGCAAUGAGCCGCUGGGUGUCGGCGCAGUCCUCGUUGCACUACAUCGGGAGGCUCGGCGACACUGUCGACUUUGAGGUCCUCCCUGUGGGACUUCAGGCUGCCUGGACAGUCGGAUACGAGUCGUGCGGGUCGCCUGGUGAGGUGGCGAACGAUCCGAGUUUGGGGCACCAUUUCAGUCUCUAUACAGACUUUAAUGCGGGGUACACCGAUACAAACUACGAGGUGCCAUUCUGGGGCGUUCAGAGCAAGCUUUCCAGAACCACGGUAUGGACCAUGCUGGCGCUGGAUGCAGACGACCAGCUGCGGCAACGGGCAGCUUGGGCAUUGUCUCAGAUCUUGGUGACUAGCAUAAAUGGUGUGUCAAGUUCUUCAAAUCAUGCGGAGGGCUGGUUGGUCUAUUACGAUAUAUUCGUGCGGAACGCUUUCGGCAACUACCGGGACAUACUACGGGAGGUCACUUACAGUCCGAUCAUGGGUGAGUAUUUGAGUUACCGGAACAGUCGAUCGUUGGACUCCGAUUCGUCGUACCCCGACGAGAAUUACGCUAGGGAGAUAAUGCAAUUGUUCACGAUCGGCUUGUGGGAACUCAACCUGGACGGCACUAGAAAGACCGAUGCAAGCGGAAACCAUGUGCCCACAUACACGAAUGAACACAUCAUGAGCCUUGCGCGCGUCUUCACCGGCUUCAGAGAACAGGCCGCGCGCCCCAACAUCGAGAACACCGGGACGAGGAAUAUGGUGGACCCGAUGCAGAUGGUCGGGGAUUGGCACGACGUAUAUCCGAAGCCGGACUUGAGCGGCGGCUAUUUGGGUGACGGUUACCCGCUAUGUUCGGACCUCCCGCCACAGGCAUUCCUCCUCGAGGGGGCGAGGUAUGAGUUCAGGGGGUACACCUACGCGGGAACCGACGUGCUCGUGCUAAGUUCCAGUUCGGCACUGUAUGCGGCGUUGGAGCAGAUCCAGUUGACCGUUGAGCUCAGCAGCACCAUCGACUGCACGGGCGAGAAGGAGUGCGUCGCAGAUAGCCUCCAUGUAGUCCAGGUCGGAGAGGGCUACUACGAGUACGUCCCGCCGACUUGCGUGCACCUCUACUUCUACAACGGCCAGGUCGUCAGCCCCGGCAGCGCGAACGAUUUUGGAAAAGAGUGGAAGGAAAUUUGCAUGGACCCCAAUUGGAUGGGCGCAGGGACGGCCUGCUGCAAGGGCUGUAGCAACGUUGGCACCUCGGGGAUGGCCAACCAAAAUCGCACUUGCGAGAACAUGGCCGAGACGUGGCCGUGGGUGGUGAAGACUGGCUGCCCGCAGGUCAGCGACUGGUGGGUUGAGAACAAGUUUUGCCAGCUGGCCUGCUGGGAGCUGGGCAUGGGGUACGCUGGAGACGACUGCUCGGACGGCCCGCUUCAGUCGGAGCGCGUGUGCGGGUACUACCAGGAGAAGGUCCGCUUCGAGGCUGCCAGCGCGAGGUGCGAGAGCCUGGGCAUGCACGUGUGCGAGCAGGGGACGGACGGCGGCGAGUGCGGCCACGACGACAUCAACGUGUGGACCCCCAGAAACUGCACCGUCAGCCUGGAGGUGCGGGAAGAUGGCCGAGUGGCCUCCCAGUGGGACAGCAAGACGAUGCAGAAUCCGUUCCCCGUCACAUGGGCCGAUGGUUUCCCGACCACGGGCAACUGCCCCAGCCAGUGUGCGCAAAGUAGCUCUGGCUGCACCUGCCCCAUCAGCGUGGUCGCCAAGGCGGUCUUCGACGCGGUCCCGAGCAGAGCGGAGCUAUUGGGCGAGGGCGCGCGCCUGCGCAUUGGCGCCUUCCCCCCCUCGGUCUCCGCAUUCUGCCUGGCGCCCUGCGACGGCGAGGUAAAGGCGUACGCGUCCGAUGACAUUGGGCAUGUGGACGAGAGCACAGUCUUCGAGUGCGGUGGGGUCUACUACAAGAACAUGGAAAGCGCGGUGGACGUGGCGGGGUAUACCUUCCGCAACCCACCUGUGUUCAUGCUGGCCAAGGAGCUGACUGGGCGCUCGGUGCGAGCAGACGAGGCCCUGGCCGAAGUGGAGGCUCUGCUGGACCACCUUGUCAAUCAUCCCAAUGUGCCGCCGUUCGUGUCGCACAGGCUGAUACAACGCUUUGUCACGUCAAACCCGACUCCGGAUUACGUGUCCGCGGUUGCCCAGGCAUUCAGCACAGGAGAAUUCAACGGGGAGACGUACUCCGGCGAGUACGGAGACCUCGGCGCCACUUUCGCGGCCAUUUUGUUGCACCCUCAAGCUAGAGGGGGUUUUCUUGACAGUUCCGUGGGCAAGUUGCGCGAACCCAUUAUCAAAAUCUUGCAUUUCUUGCGUUCCAUGGAGUAUGUGGAUCUGCGGGAUCGCGAGAUCGUGAUGCGGAGCUUAGAUGACGACAUCGGCCAGUGGCCGUAUGCGUCGCCUUCUGUGUUCAACUAUCUAGUGUGGAGUACGGGCCAGCUGGUCUCCACACCAGUUUGGUUGCGCCAGAGUUCGAGAUAUUCACGCCGCCGUUUGCGCUCGCCUGGUUCAACGGCAUGAUGUCGUUGGUCGACAAUGGGCUCAGCCAGUGCGACUACGGCUUCGGACAGACGAUUCGCACCUGCGUCCGGCCCGAGGGGGAGUUGUUGUUCUCUGUGUCCGAGAGCAGUACACUUCCCAACGCCUCGUUCACGGAGGUUUCUUUGCUGCUUACCGGCGGGCGCAUCGGCAAUGAGCAAGCGUUCGAAGCUGCACUCGAGGUUUCGGGGGACGGCGACCCUCUCAAGGCGGCAAUGCGCGCUGUGCUCAUGUCGCCCGAGUUCCAUGCUCUGGGCGACCCUGACCUGAUUGGAACUCGCUCCACGACAACAGAGGAGCCGCCCCAGCAGCCAGACUCGUAUAAGGCAAUGGUCAUGCUCUACCUCCAUGGGGGCGCAGACACUUUCAACAUGCUGGUGCCCACCUGCGACACUCUAUAUCAGGAGUAUCUCGACGUACGGCAGGACGUCGCGCUACCUCAGGGCAAGUUGUUGGGGAUUUCGGCAAGCACCCAGACCUGCAGCUCCUUCGGUGUCCACCAUGGCCUCCCGUUCGUCCGGGACCUUUACGAGCAAGGCCAGCUGGCUUUCGUGAGCAACAUCGGCGCUUUAGUACAGCCUACCACGAAGGCUCAGAUCCAGGCCAAGACGGCAGUCGAGUGCGCGGGCCUGUACUCGCACAUUGACCAGCAGAACGGUGGCAUGACAUUGCAGUGCCAGGUGCAGGGCGUGUCCCCGAAGGGCUUCGGCGGGCGAUUGGCUGACGCCCUGGCUGCCGAGGACUACUUCACGACCUCUUUCUCGCUUGCAGGUACGUCCACUUGGUCGCAGGGGCAGACCAUCGGCGUGGAGAUAGUGGACGGCAGGAACGGCGCCGUUCGCCUCGAGGGGUACCAGUGGCUGCAGGAUAUCGUGGGGAACGUCACCAACAUCGCGUACAACAACGUUUACUGCGAGGAGUACGCGCGGCAGUUCGCCAGCGCGGUGAAGUCCAGCGAGAGGCUGGGGGCGAUCCUCGACUCUUCGGAGCUCGCGACGUCCUACGACACCAGCACCGGGUUGGCCAUGCAGCUGCACCAGGUCGCCCGCCUUAUCGCGACGAGGACCCAGCGCGGGGCAGAGCGGGAUUUCUUCUAUGUGGAGUUGGGAGGUUUCGACACGCACGAUUGGGUGAACGAAGUGUUGGAGGAGAAGUUCGCCGAGCUUAACGCUGCCCUGGAGGGUUUCGUGGCCGAGCUGAAAGGCCAGGACAUUUUCGACUCCACGGUUCUGGUCACCAGCUCCGACUUCGGGCGCACGCUGACCUCGAACGGCAAGGGCACCGACCACGCCUGGGCGGGAAACCAUUUCGUGUUGGGUGGCAGCGUCAAUGGCGGCCACAUCUUCAACCGGUUCCCCGAGUCUCUGCUGGAGAACAAUGCCCAGGAUGCAGGACGAGGAAGGCUGAUCCCAUUGUACCCAUGGGAGAGCAUGAUGGUCCCGAUCGCGGAGUGGCUGGGCGGGCAGCCGUCGUCGUGGAGUGCCGUUUUCCCGAACCUCGUUCGGUUCAACACUUCCGAACACAUCAUAUGGGGCAUGAGCUCCCUGUUUUCGAGCUACGACCUCGUCUGAGACGGUCGAGUUUGUCCGCUUCUGGUUGCGGCGCACGGUCGGCGCAGGCCUGCUGUGAGCCAUCGACCCACAAGGGCACAGGGGGCCACAGGAGGGAGGAGGGAGGAGGGAGGCCGGCGCCCUUCUCCUGUUCCUCUUCUGUCAUCUUCAUUGGAGCAUGUGGCAUUUUUCCUCGGGUGCGUGUAGUGAGGCGCUUCGAUUGCAGGGGUGCUUAUUAUAGAGGGUGCUAUGUCGCCCUCUUAUGAAAGCGACAAAGCUAGGCAGGUUCCAGCAUUGUGUGCCUCUAUGGCUCUUUACUGUCCAGUCGUCUAGGGGAUGUCUGGAUAUCUCCGCUGGUGGCCCUCACCUGAUCUCAGAGGCUCCAGAAAUUAUCCAGCUGCCUGCAGCAAGGUCGACUACCGUGCCAGCGCAGCACUUUGUGUAGCAACGCUUCUCGCGCCCCUUAGAAUGCCGCAACAUCGUCAAUGUGCCAGGGGUCAUGGUGACGGAUUGCUGCGAGCCCGUUAGCAGUUGGCCGAUGGAGAGAGAUGCUAGACGCAUGGAUGGAUUCCCCUCUGGCAGCGCCGACUCCUCUGUGAGUGCGCAUGCGCAGCCAGGCUAUUCUCGACGUGCCAAGGUUGCCCCCGCAAAGCUAUGCUAAGCCUCGAUCAGCCGUGCAGAGUCCUCACUCGCGUCUCCCUCCGACCCCCGCGCGCUCCGAGCACAGCGCACCAGCCGACUGUUCACUUUAUGUCGGCACGCUACAGCUGAUUGCGUCGGUGGAACAGGUUAACCAGCCACCGUUGGUGGCGGUGGCCGCCCCGUGGCCAUAACUGUAGCGCGGCCUCUCGACAAAUGACGUUUGCACGCCGAGUUGUCAGCAGGCUGCAGGUCCGAUGCGAUUGUGGUGGUACCGUGCGAGCGUUCCAGUCUGUGCUUCCAGCUUCUCUUCGCUCCAGUCCUGUCUUCCUCGCCCUCCCCAUUGUUCACUGGCUGUCAGGUGUACCUUUCCAUCCUCCGUCGUGCCACUGUGCCGCCACGACAGCUCAGCAUUUCACUCGAACGCCCCGUCUGCGAGGGCAGAUUCAUGGGGGAGUUCGCGCGCACGCGCAGACGAGGUUGAACAUAUGAUGUUCGACGUGAAGAUCCCCAUACGUGCACUACGUUUUCUGGCGAGCUCCUUUUCUACGCGUGUCUGAGUGUGAGCGGGUCUGGGAGGCUGGAUCGGCCGAGACAUCCACACAGGUGCGAACGGGCCCGUUGUGUACCCUCUGGCGGCUCCCUGUUUUUCCUCACCCUCCUUCUCCUCGUCCUCUCGUUCUCGAUGGUGAGUGCCGCAUCCCAUGCAAUCUUCCUCGAAUGCCCGACGCGGAGCGCA